CUGCCCUGCAGCCACACUCUGAAGACCGCGUCUCUUCCUUGCAGCAACCUGAAGACCAUGCUUCUGCCAUGCAGCCACACUCCGAAGACCGCACUUCUUCCUUGCAGCCAAAUUCGGGUGAUGAACGUGACUUCUCUUUCCACCUGAACAACGCAGAACCUAUUGACCUCUUCCACCCUAAUUCAGCAGAACUCUCCGAUUCCUUUCAGCCUAAUUCACUGGAACCUGUCUCUCUCGACGAGUCCAUUUCUAAAAAAUGUGCAAACGAUCCUGAAACAACCAUGAACAUACUUGAGUCACCAGUACCCCGCACUAAUGUUUCUACUCCUCUUCAAAAUACUGUCUGGCAAAAGUCAAUUGAUAAGUUUCUCAGCAAUCACCAACAAGAUAACCCGGAGCCCACUUCACCUAAAUGGACCCUUGAAAAAAUUGGUGAAACCAUUUUGGAAGUUAAAAACACACUUUCAAAAAUAACAUCAAAAAGUGACUGUCAACGAAGUUUGACUGUUACAGAUGCAAAUUUAUUUUCAGCGGAAGAUAUAAACAGUAGCCAAAAUUUAAACGAGGCUCUCUCUACUAAUAAAUUUGUACUCUCCAAGCAAUCCAAUGGGUGUUUGAUACAAUGCUCAACUUGCCUUGAUUACGCAACUCGUGAUCAAGUUGUGACCAAAUCUUCUUCCACCUUCAAACUUCCUUCGAGUGGUUUCUCUGUUGGGGUGUUGGUUGCAGAUGAUAAAAUUGAGGAAUAUCGUAAAGGCCACAAUCAAAACUGGUACAAUUUCAAUAGCCGUCUCAUUUCUCAUUAUCGGCCCAGGAAGGAUUCUUUUCACUGGAAAGCCACUCACUUACAUGAAACAAAUGAGAAAUCCUCGACUCGUUCGGCUGCCGUGACUGAAACGUUAUGUAGAGCUGCUAUCCAAACUCUAAAAAUGAAGGGGGCAGCGAUUCAUUUUGAAUCGCAAAUCGCCAUGUUAAAAGCCUGUGAUGUGGAUGUUGGAGACAUCGGUCAUUCACGGAAGAGAUUUCCGGAAAUUCUUCGGGCGGCGACAGUUGUGAUAUGCAACAGAAAUCUUAAAAUGUUAUUAGAGCCGCUUCUCAGUACUGGACUUCCCCCUCACAUUUAUUUAACGGCGGACAAAGCAACUUUGAAUCGUCACACAAACCAAGCCAUAUUGCUAGUGGUUAACUGGAAUGGGUCGCGCAUUGCAGUCCCAGUCGGAGCUCCCGCUGUCUAUCACAAUGAUCAUUCAAACGACUCGGAUGUCGAUCUGGUUGGUGGAAGUGCUAAAGAACUUGCCGAUUUCUCUCUCACCAAAGAUUAUACGCACCAAUCCCGAUACCACCCAUCUGCCACUAUCUGCAACGGCAUCAUCCCACUGAAUAAAACCCCCAAAAUCCUAGGCGUCACCCGGGAUACACACUUCACUUUCUCCCCUCAUGCAAGAGCCGUAGCCACGAAAGCGACGGACUCUCUCCGCAUCUUAAAAGCCCUUGCUGGCACCAACUGGGGCUUCUCCAAGGAGGACAUAAUUGCGACCUACCGAACCAUCACGCGCCCAAUCCUCAACUACGCGACCCUCAUCUGGAACCCUGUUGCCUCUCGUACAGCCGUUUCCAGCCUGCAGAUAAUACAAAACGCUGCUCUGAGACUAGCCACCGGCUGCCUCAAAAUGGCCCCGAUCUCUCAUCUACACCAGGAGACCGGCGUCCUCCCUUUGUCCGCGCACCUGGACCCGGCUUGCGCCCAGUUCCUCGCGAGCGCCCUUCAGCCCUCCCAUGCCUCAUUUCGCAUGGCCUCUGCCCCUCUCGGGGACCGAAAGCCUCCAUACAGUCGAGGUUUGGCCAUCUUGUCACACCACUCUUGGCAAAUGGUAUCUUGCCUGCCGGGACAUACGGAGAGGCCAAGCGGUCUCUACGCAGGGAGAUCGCCUUCCACGUUGCGGCGACUGAAGCUGUAA